AUGUCUCUUUAUUAUCUAUCUAUCUAUAUAUCUAUCUAUCUAUUUGCUACUCAAUCUGCUGUUAUCUAUGUCUAUUUCUUGUUAGCUAUCUCUCUAUCAGGGUAUAUCUAUCUAUCUAUCUAUCUAUCUAUCUAUCUAUCUAUCUAUCUAUCUAUCUAUCCUAUCCUAUCAUAUCAUAUGCUGAUACUAUCUAUCUAUCUAUCUAUCUAUCUAUCUAUCUAUCCUAUCCUAUCAUAUCAUAUGCUGAUACUAUCUAUCUAUCUAUCUAUCUAUCUAUCUAUAUCUAUCAAGAUGGAAGGAGAGAAAGAGAUAUCAAUCUGUUGUUAUCUAUUUAUCUAUCUCUGUCAAUUUGUUGUCAUAUAUCUAUCUGAAUCUGUUCUAUCUAUCUAUCUAUCUAUCUAUCUAUCUAUCUAUCUAUCUAUCUAUCUAUCUAUCUAUCUAUCCUAUCCUGAUAUUAUUUAUCUAUCUAUUUAUCUUCAUGCGUAUUUCCCCAAUUUAUUAGCUCAUAUAUAUUCUUUUUUCUCCCUUUUUUUUUUGCUUUCUGUCGCUUUCUCCAAAUCAACGAUACAUAGUCAAUUUUUGUUUCUGCCUUUUUCUAUUUAUUGCUUCCUCUUUCCAGCGAUCGUGACGUUUCCUUCUCUCUCUAUUUCUCACUCUCUCACAUUCUCUAUCAUAUUCACUCACUCAUUCACUUUCAGCGUCUCUCUCAUUCAUCUUUCUGUUUAUCGCCCACUCGUUUUACUACAACGUCUCUCUCUCUUUCUGUCUCUCAAUUGCUCUUACUCACUCACUCUAUCGCUCAUUCUUCCCCCUCAAUCUCUCUCAUAUCUGUUGCAUUCAUCUUUUCGAUUAUCUCUCACUCACUCUAUCGCACAUAUUCUCUUUCUUUCUUUCUCUCUCUCUCAAUUUAUCUCCGUCUAUCUCUCACUUAUUCAUCACUCUUACUCUCAUUCAUUUAUCUUUCAUUCGUUUUUCUCGCUCUCACUCUUUCGGUAUCAUAUUCUUUCUCUCGACCACACUCACUCACUCUUUAAUACACUUGUACUCUCUCACUCACUCACUCAUUUUUCUCACUCUCAUUCAAUCUUUCACUCUCGACCACACUCACUCUUUAAUACACUUUUACUCUCUCACUCACUCACUCAUUUUUCUCACUCUCAUUCAAUCUUUCACUCUCGACCACUCCUCUUUUUAAUACACUUUUACUCUCACUCACUCACUCAUUUUUUCUCCUCUCAUUCAAUCUUUCACUCUCGACCCACCUCCUCUUUAAUACACUUGUACUCUCUCACUCACUCACUCAUUUUUCUCACUCUCAUUCAAUCUUUCACUCUCGACCACACUCACUCUUUAAUACACUUGUACUCUCUCACUCACUCACUCAUUCAUUCACUAUUUUACUCAUUCUACACUCUCUCACUCUUACUCAUUUCUCUCUCACUCACUUUGUCGCACGUUCUCUCUCUUUCACUUCCUAUUCUAUCUCUCAAUAUCAUUCACUAUCUCACUCACUCAUCCUAUCUCUCAUUCUUUCUCUAUCAUACUCUCACUCAUUUAGUCUUUCACUCCCUAUUAAACGUAUUCUCUUUUUAA